GCUUUGGCUCGGCGGCGCGAGGGCAGUGUGCGGCAAGCCGUGCGAGACUUAGCAGCAUCACGACGGGCUUCACCUGCAGCGCAAACCUGCAACGCAGCGCGCGCGGCUCACUCAGAGCGACCCCCCGCAACACAGAGAGCACCACGUCAUACGCCAUAGCGUACAACGAGUGCAACCGACCCGCCAACCGUCCAGGAAGCAGCAAGGCGACAACAACCUCACGGAGGGCGUCGACACCGUAGAGCACCACCACCACCACCUCACGCCAGCUGCAGGGGUCCAGCGAGCAGACGCGCUGACCAGAGCCGACGACCCCGUCGGACUCGAACCUGGAGCUCCCCGAGCUGAGGCGGAGGCGCCACCUUGGAGAGGCCGCGGCCGCGGACGGGCAGGUGCGACGGCGGCGGCGCUGACGAGGAUGCGAUAGGCGCGGCCAGCAGCUGCAGCCAACUCUCUCUCACCUCACGUCUCUCAUCACCCCGGCAGCGCCAUGGACCUGGCCUACCUGUCGGACGCCUUCUCCCACAUGUCCAUGCGAGGCGCCUCGUACGGACGCUACGACCAGCCCUGGGGGCGAGGCUGGACGCCCGAGGACCGAGGACUCACAGUUGCUGAAAAGCAUCGCCAAGCAAAUAAGCAGAAGAAGCUCGAGCAGAAAAAGCAGAACCAGCCUUGCCCAAUCUGUUUGGAAAACAAGAGGCGCAAGCUGGGCUCAUACAUUCGGCAGAAGUCACAGGAGAACUCAGAAGUGCUCAUUGAGGAGGAGGAGGAGCAUGCCAACCAUAAUGAAUCCACUCAUCAAACGGACUGCAAAGAUGACAGUGGCAAGACAAAAUCUAAGCUUGCAGACUCAACAUAAAGACUGAAGCAAAAAUAGAGUGGAGAGAGAAGAUAUAAGAUUAAAUUUUAGAUUAGAUUAACAAGUAAGGUAUUCAAAAGGUUGAAACAAGUGACAAGAUUUAUAAAAAUGCAUUUGUUUAGAUGCUUUAGAAUUUUACUGAUAAGUGGUUGAAAGAAAUGAUACUGCACACAGUGUCAGAAUUAUUUUUCAAAGAAGGGCCAACUUUUGUAUUUAACGUCACUAUUUUAUACCUAGACUGAAAAUUAGAAAUACCAAGUAAUUCAUAAUUGUACCAUAAACCACAGUGUAGCAUAAAAUGAAAAUUUUGCUAAGACAAAAGACAUCUUAUGCAAUGUAAAUUCUGUGGGGAAAAUAUGAGAACAAAACAUAGAUUGGCUAUGUUAACAAAACCUUGGUAACAGAAGCAACAAGUCGAGCUGCAGCUGUACUGACCUCUAUAUUCUAAGACUGAAAGCAGCUUAUCUUACUUCACCAUUUUUUAUUGUUAAAACAUUAGGGGAAAUAUCUAAUUUUGGAUUAAGGGUUGAAUAAAAUACCAAACAAACAAAGAAACCUAAUAUUUGGCCAUAACUUUGUUGGCUUUAUCUGACAGUGUUCAGUAACUCUUUAAAUAGCAAACAAAUAAAAACAAUUAAGAGACAUUUAGUAACUUUGAUCAGUCAGCUUCAAAGUAAAAGAAAAAUUCUAGUCAAAUCAAAACUACACGAAGUCAGUACAAUGUCUCUUGGCCCAAGAAUGGUGUUACAUCACAGUUCCUAAUAGAGUAGAAGAAAUAUGCCAAUCUGAAUUUUCAGAGAUGUGCACUUCUCUAAAAUUGGAUAUUUGGAUUAAGGUAAAUAAUUGUAAGGUAAAUAUUAUUCAAUUAAUAACCAAUACUGAGGAUGUGAAGAGUUUUCUCCCGUAUGAGAAUGUACAAAGUGCAAAAUUUCAAUAUAUAGUUAAUAAAGAUAAUAACUAAGUACA